AUGCUGGUUACCUACUUGGAAGCCAGCCGGGACCUUUGCGAGACGGACUCAAUUCUUUUUGGCGCCGCACUGGCAGUCUGCCGUAUUAUAGGCGCCAAACUUUCCACGGCUGGACGCGCUACUGGACAAAGUAGCGCUAUCCCAGCCUGGAGAAUAAGAAUUGAAGAACGUAUCGCAAGGGCUAGAGCUCUCAUCGGCAGACUGAUAUGCUUCAGGUCAGGCAAUACCAGGCCAAGGAUUGUGCGCACCGUCAGGAUGGCGUUUGCUGGGACAAAUGUCAGUUUGUCCCAGCCGGAUAUAACGCAAAAACUAACGGAGCGCAUAGACGACCUGAAGCAAAGAAUCGCUGCUUGGGGAAAGCGGAUUCGGCGAUAUACCGAGAGGUCGACACGGUCCAACCAGAAUCGUCUCUUCCAGAGUGAUCAGAAGAGGCUCUACAAAUCAUUGGAGCGACCAAUAAUAUCAUGGAUCUCAUUAGUUAUAUAUAUUUUUUACGAUACAUUUCUUUACUAUUAUAAGGAUCGACGAUUUUAUCAUUUAAGAGGAAUUUUAGGGUCAGGACUAUGCAUAUCUCGAGGCACCGCAAAUGUACUUAACAUAUGCUGUGCGUUGGUUUUGCUCCCCUUGUGUAAGAAGCUCAAUCAACUGCUCUACCGCAUACUUUCGAAAUUAUGGCCUGGAUUAUUUUUCUUUUGGCUGGAGAGAGCAAAGAGUUUCCAUAUGACUGUCGCUAUUACACUUCUGAUAUUUGCUGUAAUACAUUCCUUAUCGCAUUUCGUGAAUCUGUGGAACUUCUCCCGCAACUACGAUGAGCACAGGGCGGACAUUAACAUGGCGCGCUACAAGAACGAGAAUCCUUUACGUUUGGUAACGAGUACGGCGGGCUUAACAGGCGUUAUGUUGUUAACUAUCUCCAUAAGCAUGGGUCUGACAUCAUUGCGGAUAGUACGACGUAGAAUAUAUAACGCCUUCUGGUACACUCAUCAAUUGUAUCUGCCCUUCAUGGUGAUCCUGAUGAUUCAUCCUUUAAGUGGUGUCCUGAAGGAAGAAGUCUUAGAAGAACAUAAUACUAGUCUUUUUCCUAGUCAAAUAAAAAGCUGGACGAACAGUUCAACGCUUUACACACCUAAGUUUGUGGCGAUAAAAUCUAAAACAUGGCUUUGGAUGGCCUUGCCGCUUAGCUGCUUUCUUGUAGAUCUUCUGUGGAGGAUAUUUUCGAGAAAUCGGGCGAGAGUUCAACUGUUAAAUGUGACUCAUAUUAUGCCCGGACGAACGCUGAGUGUGACAGUGAGCUGUCCCCACGAAUGGUUCAACUGUCGAAAGGGCCAGUACAUACUGCUGCAGUGUUUGGAUGUGUCGUUACUUGAAUGGCAUCCUUUUACCGUCGUCAAGCUUCCAACACCUAACUAUAGACAGUUGGAGGUUUGGAUAAGAGUUAAAGGGGAUUGGACCGAAGCUUUCGAGAGACUGAUUUUGGAGAGAGGUGCAACUAACGUCAGGGUGCUUAUCGAUGGUCCGUUCUCGAGUCCCAUGGAAGGAGUUAGUAGAAGUGAUAUCGCUUUGUGUGUGGCAGCUGGUGUAGGGAUCACACCAUUUGUGACCAUUUUAUAUGACAUGCUUAUAAAUCCAAGGGGCUUCUUACCCAGACGAGUUCACUUAAUGUGGAUUGUGAGACAGGAACAGGAAAUAACGUGGUUAGCGGAAUUAACAAAUAAAGUAUUAUCUGAGUUGAGAUAUGCAAAUCGACCGGACCGACUUCAUAUCGAAUUUUACGUAACUAGCAAAAACGAUAAUAAAUCCAAAAAUCCUAUAGAUAAAGAUAAAAAUGAUUUAGCACAUGUUAUAGUAAUUAACGAGAAAGGAGCCCUAUCUCAUGUUUUGAAAAAAAGUUAUAGAACUCUACAUGAUGAGAAAGCAACGCUUUUGACCCCGAUCAGAAAAGUUAAUGACUACGGUGAAGUUAAAAGAGAUUUGGAUAACAAUGGGGAAAAUUACGAUAUAGCAAAGGAAUAUCCUCUACUGGGGUGUAGAGUGAGAAGAGGCAGGCCGCAUUGGGACCGCGUGUUCGGUUAUUGGGUGCAUCUGUAUCCAGAACAAAAUCUAAGUUUGUAUUGCUGUGGACCAAAGAAGUUAGUCAAAUUGUUGAGAGACAGAUGCAAAAGCGUAUCAAACGAUACCAAGACAAAGUUUGCGUUUAUUCAUGAAGCUUUUUCCUAA